UCACCAACUUCCACCAGCAGGGAUCGAAGAGGGUUGUUUUGAGAACAAAGAUACUCGAAACGUUAUAUCAUGCCUAAGAAGUCUGUAACCCAGGAAACAACCCCUGCGGGUAUGUCGUUCCUUCAGAUUCCUGGGACGUCGUCUACAGCCGAAAGCGUGUCCGAAAAUUCUCGAGAUGGUUCGGCAGUGUCUUCGCUGAAGUCUGCUUCGAUACACUUUUCAACAACAGUACGAAUGCUUGCUCCAGUUAUAUGGUCGCGAAUACAGUCCCGGAGAGCGAAAUCAGUGGCCUUCACCACCCCUGUUUCUUUCCACACAAAUGAUUCUUCAAACGACAAUACCAAGGGCCUGGGGCCCCUGCGGUUGGAGGAAGAAUUGGACAUCCAACACCUUGAGACUCUGAUGUUCAAGUUUAAGACACACAUUCCUGACAAGGUGGAACUCAAGAAAUGGCUGACGAGGCGAGGAUCAGAAUACAGAGACCAGAGCAGAUUUCAUUCUGCAGGGUUAAUGACACAGGAAGAAUUUCAUGAAAUGCUGGCAGAUUUAUUAGAAGUUGAGACAUGGGACAGUCAUAAGGUGGCAUUAUUUGAGAAGGAGAUAGGGACAUUAUUCAAAAAGGUUGAUAUUGCGUCUGAUGGCCUUGUUGACUGGGAUGAAUUCUGUACUUAUCUGAUGCUUCAGUUUGAGGAGAAUGACCAAGCCACAAAAGUCAAUGGGAAUACUUUUAUUCCAAAGCCAAAUAUUGUUAGGAUAGAUUAUAACAAGGAAACAACAACAAAAAUUCUCACAGAUUUUAAUCCUAUGAGAUAUGUAACAGUUAGUAAGGAAGGAAUUAUUGGUGUCUGGAGUACAGAACUGGACCUUCAAAGGAAAAUUGAAAUGGAGCAUAAUAACUCUGAGGCUGAGCGAACUUCCAACAAGAGACACAUCAAGAUGUGGGUUACAGAUGCUGUUGCUAUGCCCAACGUGCAUAAAAUGGCUCUGUCUACCACAAACAGAGACAUCCAUUUUUAUGAUAUGUCCACACCAAUUUACACACCACAAUUUCAUCUUUGUGCUCUGGGAAACGUGGUUCUCUGUCUUGAUUAUUGUUACAACAAGAAACUUCCUGCUGGCAAGUCAAUGCUUUUUCUUGGAAUGGACAAUGGCAUAAUCUUGUUCCUUGUGUUCUCUACACCUCUCAAAGGACUGUUUGAGACUCCAUUCAAAAAGACAUCAGGCAGUCACCAGGUUUACCUUCAGGACCUUCCAACGCACUCUCGUUUUGUAUCUUGCCACACCCUGGGGCAAGUCCAUUCUGAUUGGGUUAGAAGAGUGAAGUAUAUUCCAGCAAAGGAGUUUGUUAUUUCCUGUAGCGGCAGUGGAAAAGACUCACUUGUAGUUAGAGAUAUCGAUGAUAAGAAGCGGAAAACAUACACUUUUAAAGUGGCAAAGGGCGUGGAAUGUUUUGACUACAGUCACAACCUAAAUGUUAUCUGCACCGGUGGAGUGGACCAUGCUGUUCGUUUGUGGAAUCCUUACGUGACAGUGAAACCUGUCGCCAUUAUGAAGGGACACCAGUCCUCUAUCAUUGACUUAGCAAUCCACGAGGCUCUGGAGCAGGUCUUCAGUUAUGACAAGGAUGGGGUAUUGAAGGCUUGGGAUAUCAGAGAGCAAGUCUGUCUUCAAACAAUACCUGUCAGGUUCCCAUUUGGCCACAGAAUUCCUGAACACGGACCUUUUCCAUUUCUCCUCAUCACCUCACCCAUCAACUCUCUUUUUAUUGGGAGUAACGACUGCUUGGCAGAAAUCAAAAUCGUGGCAAUGAGUGCAAAUAAAAACGCCAAAACCACUCACUGGAGACCCCUGACUGCUGCUCUGUACAACCCUAGCAUGGGUCACGUGAUCACGGCCUGUGAAGGGUCUGUGGUAACAUUCUGGGAUCUGAACACCGGACGCCAGGCGCAACACAUCUCUGAGGCACAUGGCACGGAGGAGAUUUCUUGCAUGACAAUUGAUCCUUCAGGGCGGCGGCUUAUGACGGGGGACAGGAGUGGUCACAUUCAUGUUUGGAAUGCUAGCAAUGGUCAUCUGUUAAACAAACUUGAACCUGUGGAGGAAAAUGAAGUGACAGGAAUCAUAUCUCUUCCAGAAAAAAGUAAAAUAAUUACAGUGGGAUGGAAUCGCAAGAUUUUGGUCUACUAUGAUGAUAUGCAGACGUUUUGUCUUCGACCCAACGCAGGUUGGAAAGGAGGGCAGUUGCAUCAGGAUGACAUUUUGACCGCUGCCUACUGUCCCCCAAAUUACCUUGCCACGGCAAGUUUUGACGGAGAUAUCAUUCUUUGGGGUCUGGAUCGGGAGAAGAUGAUUCGACGGCUGAAAAAAGGAUCUGGAAGUCUGUUAAAAGCCAAGAUUAAAAAGCUGGGUCUUAUCCAGACGAAGAAAUCUUAUCAAAAUAGCUGUGGUGCACCGGUUGACAAGUUGUUAUUUCUUACAUCAAGAGCUCAGUGGAGGACUCAGGAGAGCGCUGUUCUUGUGUCAUCGGAGGCUGGUACUCUUGAGUUUUGGUGUUUUUACGGCGCAAACAGACCCAUGGGAAGAUAUUUCGCUGCCAGUGACGAGGAAAGUACUAUAUUUGCCUUAACAACCGACCCCAGUAACGAGAUGUUGAUAACUGGUGAUUCCAACGGCACCAUCUCUGUGUGGGACAUCAGCUCUUACUGCAUUUCAAGAGCAGAAGCCAUUGUUGCUCAGGUUUGGUCGACAACUCAAAGAGCUGGCUCUACCGAUGAUAACCCAGAGGGCAAACCUCCACUACUCGCCAGUUGGCAUGCGCAUAAAGGCUCUGUAUCCAGUGUGGAGUACAUAUCACGUGAUAAGGGCGCUUUAUUGCUUUCCGCUUCUGAGGACUGCACAGCAAGGCUGUGGACACUGAGUGGGCAAUACAUCGGAAUGUUUGGACAGAAGAGGUUGUGGAGUGUUGAAGAUCCAACUUCCUACCGACUUACAGGAAAUAGUGGUCUCGAAGGAAAGGAAACCGAGGAAGUAAAGGAAACUGACAGGAAGAAAAGUCAUCUGGGCGAGAUGGGUGGUUCAAAUGGUGACUCACCCUCCCCUCUCAGUUUAAGUCCAGUUCAACGAGGCACCAGUCCAUCAAUCUCUGACCCGCCUCGGUUAAGCAGAAGCACACCCACAACACUUCGCGAGUGCAGCUUUUUGCCAAGCAUUGAAGUAGCAAUGGUAGGUGAAGGUGGAAGCGAAGAGGAUCCAUACUCCUGGAGGAAAAAUGAAUACUACAGGUCCAUGACCAGCUUGGUGUUGGAAAGAUCCUCCAAGAAUUCACAGUCGUGGUCCAUCCUGGGGGAUCAUUACAACAAGGAUUUUAGGCGCCGCAUGGAGACGAGGCAAUCACGAAGAGAUCACGUGGGUAAUGUAAACCGAAAGUUGAUGUGCGGAGGAGGAUUGGGAAACGCCUGUUCUCCUUUCCAAGCGCUUCAUAUCCCUGACACGAAAGAAUACGAGCUACCUAAGAACAUGCCGGUGACAUCCCGUAUGACGCAUAAGACGAGCAGAGCGUCAGCAGAACCCAUCUGGAUGGCCGUCAGACAGAGUACAUUGCCGCCAUUACCAGCGCUCAAGAGAUCUGACAGCUUCCUCACGAUGGCGGAUUCUGCUUCAGGAAACACAUCGCAGUUCUCGUUUUUGGUUGAAUAGGACUGAAGGAAGGCCGCAGCAAGUAGAAUUCGGGACCAACAGCUUUAGUGUUGUAGUGAUCGGCAUCAUUGCAGUUACAGAAAAUCUGUUUCGUAGUUGACCAUACUUCAAGAAACGUAAGGGAGAACCACUGGAGAUAAGCCUCAUAUUUCGUGAAUAAGUGGAUGAACUUUAUUUAAGACUGCUUAACUCUCCUCUGCAAAUGUUCUAGUAAAUGCGGUCAUCGCGCCAAUAAUAAAUUAUAUCUCAGUUGUGGAACAGCUGGUUUAUGAAUUGAAAUUCAUAAGGAAAAUGUCGAAUCAAAUUUUUUAGUUGAUGCUGGGCACAAUACAAAAAAGUGAUUGAAUUAGAUAAAAAUUAGCACCAGCUGCGAGGAUAACAGUGUAAAUGUGUAUUAUAGUUUCGCUGAUUUUCAGCAACAAAUCCUGGGAUGUAUACUUUAUACGGUAAAUUAUAUUAUCUAUUAUGAAGUUAGAUACACCGAGUGCCUUAUAACAACACCACUUCCGAUAUUUAUGUUAUGAAAAUGAUAAUAAUAUGAAAAGAUUUCUGACUGAUAACGGACUUAUUUGUAAAUAUAUAUUGUAUGUUAUGUACUAUUUAGAACGUUCGUGCAGAAAUUUUUUUCAGUUAUGCCAGGAGUUGAAUCAGGAUUCAAAACUCCUCCAUGAAUUUAUUCAAAAUUCAGUCUAGUAGAUGAGGCGAAGGUUCAUCUGAUCUAUCAAAGGACUGCCUCAAAUGAAGAAAUAAAUAGAGCAUUUAACUUUUUACAAACCAUUAUUUUUGUCCCAGGCUGUGGAAGAAUAGCGCUAAGUUAUUUCGUUUUCUUUUGUUUGUUUGUUUAUUUU